GGCCACUUCAUUAGGCACUCCCGUUCAAUUGCAACUGUCUAAUCUGCCAAUCACACGGCGACAUGGCUCCAGUGGGUGGCGCUGAGGCACGAUGAGUUGUUAAGAUAUAAACCUCAGAGAAGAAGAAAACGGCUUUUAUUUUGAAAACUCACUCUCCUGCAGUUGGUAGGCUUUGCUAAAUAGUGUUCCCAGCUCAUCAUGGCCUCGCCAGCCUGACUCCAGCGUUUUCCCUUCAGUCUUUGAUCUUUUCUCCUGCACAGGGGGACUGGCAUUGGAAGAAGAGUCGGGCGGAGGAACAGCUCACCACUGCAGUUACAGGGAGAGAUGUGGGAAAGCAGGCCAAAACCUCAACACAUUGAGGACAUCAGCAAAAAACAGCCAACGCCAGCAAGCACAGAUCCAGUUGUUGUCCCUUUGACCACUAUGAAGCAGCCCAGAAGACGCCAGUGCAUCGAUAGUGGGAACAGAAGCUUUACCUGUGAUCAGUGUGGAAAGUCUUUCACUCGGAGUAGCAGCUUGAAAGUACAUCAGCUCAUCCAUACUGGAGUCAAAGCAUUCAGCUGUGAUCAGUGUGGAAAGUCUUUUAAUCGACUUGGUCCCUUAAAAACUCAUCAGGUCAUUCAUACUGGUAUUAAGGCAUUCAGCUGUGAUCAGUGUGGAAAGUCUUUUGCUCUGAGUAGCAACUUAAAAAGACAUCAGCUCAUUCAUGCUGGUGUCAAAGCAUUCAGCUGUAAACUGUGUGGAAAGUCUUUUACUCUGAGUAGCAACUUAAAAGUACAUCAGCUCAUCCAUGCUGGAGUCAAAGCAUUCAGCUGUGAUCAGUGUGGAAAGUCUUUUAAUCGCCCUGAUCACUUAAAAGCGCAUCAGGUCAUUCAUACUGGUGCCAAGGCAUUCAGCUGUGAUCAAUGUGGAAAGUCUUUUACUCAGAAAAGCGACUUAAAAACACAUCAGCUCAUCCACAGUGGAGUUAAAGAAUUCAGCUGUAAUCAGUGUGGAAAGUCUUUUACUCAGAAAAGGUACUUAAAAACACAUCAGGUCAUCCACAGUGGAGUUAAAGCAUUUGUUUGUAGUCAGUGUGGAAAAGCUUUUACUCAGAUUGGUAACUUAAAAAGACAUCAAGUCAUGCAUGCUGGUGUUAAAUCAUUUGUUUGUGGUCAGUGUGGAAAAGCUUUUACUCAGAUUGGCCACUUAAAAAGACAUCAAGUCACCCAUGCUGGAGUUAAAUCAUUUGUUUGUGGUCAGUGUGGAAAGGGUUUUACUCAGAUUGGCCACAUAAAAACACAUCAGCUCAUCCAUGCUGGGGUCAAAGCAUUCAGAUGUGAUCAGUGUGGAAAGUCCUUUACUCAGAUUGGUCACUUAAAAAGACAUCAAUUCAUCCACAGUGGAGUUAAAGCAUUUGUUUGUGGUCAGUGUGGCAAAGCUUUUGCUCACAGUUACAGGUUAAAAGUACAUCUACUCACCCACAGUGGAGUUAAACCUUUCAGUUGUGAUCAGUGUGGAAAGUCAUUUACUCUGAUUGGUCACUUAAAAAUGCAUCUGCUCACCCACAGUGGAGUUAAACCAUUUGUUUGUGGUCAGUGUGGAAAGGCUUUUGCUCACAGUUACAGGUUAAAAGUUCAUGAGCUCAUCCACCCAGGAGCUAAACAUUUCAGCUGUGAUCACUGUGGAAAGUCGUUUGCACGGCUUGGUUACUUAAAAGCACAUCAGGUCAUUCAUACUGGUGUCAAGGCAUUCAACUGUGAUCAGUGUGGAAAGUCCUUUAAUCAGAAAAGAGACUUGAAACAACAUGAGCUAAUCCACAGUGGAGUUAAAGCAUUUGUUUGUGGUCAGUGUGGAAAGGCUUUUACUCAGAGUAGCGCCUUAAAACAGCAUCAGCUCGUCCAUACUGGAGUCAAGACAUUCGGCUGUGAUCAGUGUGGAAGGUUUUUCACUCGGAGUAGCAACUUAAAACAGCAUCAGCUCAUCCAUACUAGAGUCAAGACAUUCGGCUGUGAUCAGUGUGGAAAGUCUUUCACUCGGAGUAGCAGCUUAAAACAACAUCAGCUCAUCCAUACUGGAGUCAAGGCAUUCGACUGUGCUCAGUGUGGAAAGUCUUUUGCUAGGUUUCAUCAUCUAAAAAAUCAUCAGCUCAUCCACACUAAAGUUAAUCCACUGAAAUAUGAGCAGUGUGAAGUCUUUGAUCCAUAACACAAACCUAUUGAGUCAUCAGCAAACCCAGAAAGUGUCCUGCUGUGACAAAAGUGGCAGACUAAUAACUAAGGGACGAUUCAGGGUCACUUGGUCCAGCCCUAACUAUAUGCUUUACCAAAAAGGAAAGUUUUAAGCCUAAUCUUGAAAGUAGAGAUAGUGUCUGUCUCCCGAAUCCAAACUGGAAGUUGGUUCCACAGAAGAGGGGCCUGAAAACUGAAGGCUCUCCAUAUGAACACUUAUCCUGUGAAUUGUCUGUUUGUUACCUAAGCAACACUUUUUAGUAUGAUGUCCAUAUUAAAAGUAGCAGUGCUUAAUUAUGUAAGUAUUCUAACAUGAAUUGCUUGUAAUGAAAGAUCUGAAGUGUAACAACUGGAAAAAGUGCUGUUGCUUUAUUGUUACUGCAGUAUGUAUUUUUUCCACUGGAACCUCUCAUCGUUGUAAUGAGGUGGUGCUGUAUGUGUUAGCCAACCGCCUGUUAGAGCUACACAGAUUUUGAAAUGUUCACAAAAGACAUGGAAAAACACGCCUGUCUGAAUCUGGCAGCCAGUGUGUAGAAAGAUUUCCUUUGAACUGUUAUUAAUUUUGUAUGUUUUCUAAUUUUAGUCAAAUCGUCCAAUAAAAAGCAACAGAAUUCUGCCAGAA